CUCGUACAAGCCGGGUUUACUCAGUCGACGGACGACUGUAGCUGAACGUGUACAUAAAUAUUUUUUGUCAAGUUGUUCAAAAAAAAAAAAAAUGCAUGUUAGUCAAAUUGUUGGCGAUCAACGCAAUAGCAAAUUAUUUUGGCGCUUGAUUAUUGCGAUUUUUGCCUUUACCCGAAAUCACGUAAACUCCUCGGAAGAUGAUAAUGAUUAUUUCACAUCAAUUAACGGCUUAGAGACUUUAAUGAACACCGAACAAACACUGCUAAUAGAUCUAAAGGAUUAUGUGUUUAAAGCUAAGCAACAAAUUAAUCUUUUAGAAAAAGAAAUUUCAAAAAUUGCCAGAGAACAUGACUUAGCGUCGCAGAAUUUGGAAAAUUAUUUGGCCAAUCCGGUGAAUGCUUAUAAGUUAAUGAAAAGAUUAUAUGUAGACUGGGAGAUGUACGAAGAGCAAAUCGCUGAAGUAAUAAAUUUCUUUAAAUUAAUGGAUGAGAGGAGGAAAAAUUUUCAUUUUCCUCAGCUCGAAGAUUUCGAGGAAUCUGCCAUAGCUUUAGUCAGAUUACAGGAAACUUACCAGUUAACUGUGCCGGAAAUUGCCGCUGGUAAAUUAAAUGGUAUAAAAUAUGGAUAUGAUAUGACUUGGACGGAUUGCCUAGUUCUGGGCCGACAAUUAUUUCACAUGGAAGCUUAUAAUCAAACCAAAUUUUGGUUGCAAGAAUCAGUUAAGCGUUUACAACAAGAGCCGGAUAAACUUGAAUUGUUGCCUUCCGAUUUUCUCCAAGAGCCCACUGAACACUUGGUACGUUUGGGUGAUACGGACACUGCUUUGCAACUUUACAAAAUUAUAGCAAAACACAAUGAAGACGACAAAGGUUCUUUUAAAAUAAAAGAAAUGAUUCAAUCUAGUGAAACACUCCCUUACGCUGGCAGUGAUAAUGGAUAUAUUUGGGAAACAAAAUAUCAUAAAACGGCUGAGUUUAAUAUUUAUGGAAAAAUUUGUCGCGGCGAAGUGACUAAAACACCAAGAGAGCAACGUGAUCUACGGUGCUUUUACGUAUAUGAAAACAAUAAGUUUUCCCGUUUAGCACCUUUCAAAGUUGAAGAACUCAAUUUGGAUCCCGAAGUGAAAAUAUUUCAUAAUAUCCUAACGGACGAGACGAUUGAAAUCAUAAAAAAAUUUGCUUCGCCACACUUAGUACGCUCCACUGUAUUUUCGAAAACGGGAAACGGAAGAGCAAAACACAAUUAUCGUAUCAGUAAGAAUGCCUGGCUGACAUAUGAUUCUCAUCCGUCUUUAUUGAGAAUGUUGCGCGACUUACACGAUAUCACUGGCCUAGAUACGAUGUGUAGUGAACCUUUGCAAGUGGCUAAUUAUGGCCUGGGUGGUCACUAUGAGCCACAUGUUGAUUUUUUUGCAGAUCCACUCCAAUAUCCGACCCAUUUGCCUCGAGUAGCCGGCAAUAGGAUAUCAACUGCCAUAUUCUACCUUUCGGAUGUCGAGCAAGGAGGAGCGACAGCAUUCCCUUACCUAAAACUUGCUGUCAAACCAUUAAAGGGCAGCGUGUUAUUCUGGUACAAUUUACACCGUUCUUUAGACGGUGAUUACCGUACCCGACAUGGUGCGUGCCCAGUGCUCAAAGGCUCUAAAUGGAUUGGCAAUGUUUGGACCCAUGAAGGCGGACAAGAAUUAAUUAGACCUUGCGCCUUGCAUCAAGAUCAUGAAAUUUCAUUGCCUUAUGUAACAGCUAAGUAAUAAUAGCAAUAAUGGAAUAUCCUUUGUCAUCUUUUCAUUCAUAACUCGCACGCACAUACUGCUGAUGACUUUUACAUUUUGCAGCUUUAAGAACAUAAAUCUAUAAAUUAAUUAUAAUUGAAAUACAUACUAAGUUAGACAAAAGCUAACGUUAAUGACUGAAUAAAUGUGAUUUAAAAAAUAAUUGUUUAAAGUCAUUUUAAGAACAACAAAUAAUAGGCAGAAGGUCAUAUAUCCGCCAAAGGGAUAAUUAUUAACUUUUUGAUGACAGUGAUGAGAAUGCAUUGGAAAAGUCAUCAUGCAUUGGAAAUCAUGAAAAGCUUGCAUGUCAUAAAAUUCUACUAAACACUACUACCAGAACUAUACGUUCAUAUAUUUAUGCUACAUAUUUACUGUUAUAAAAUAUUUAUGUUGACCGGAAAUGAGUUGAUAUUAACGGAAAUUGAAUUUAUUUUCUCGCAAUUACUUAUAUCAAGUCAUUUUAACUCUGACCUUUCAAUUAAUCAUUAAGUAAUUGGUCGAGGAAAAAGUUCAUGGUGCUUUUAAUGCAUGCAGUAAAUGCAUAAAUGACGGCAACGACCGUGGAGAAUCAUGCCUCACUCGACCGUGACUAAUCCGUUCAAUAGGUGAGCCGACGAUGCCAGAUUAUUAUGAAAUUGACAGAGCUUAACUGAGAAGUGUUGAUUCAACUAUCGUAUAGCUCGGGCCCUGCCUCGCCUACUUUCUCUUUUUUUGCUCAUCCCCGCAGCAAUCUUUUAACAAUGUAUAGCUGGCUUCAAAAGAGGUCUCACUCGAUUCAGUUUUCCGCGCCGAAAUCUCAAAAUUUCUAAAAUAAUGACGCAAUGACUUUACCAUAAAAAUGAUAAAUGACACGCAUUUCACUAAAUAAAGUCCAAUUAAAAUUGAAUAUGAAAAUGUCCUUUAGUUUUGUUUAAAAAAUGCCACUGAUUUUUUCCUUGAUCUUUUAUAAAUGCAUACAUUUUCUAUUGUAUUUGAAUUCUAUCCUCCACUGAGCUGAUUGCGUUCUCUGCGGAAGCAAAGUUGACCGUAAAUAAUAAUAUUGAAUAGUUAAUAUGAAUUUAAUCUUGUUAUAUAAAAUUAUGAUAAA